UAAUAAGUGAAAUAUGCUAGUUCCUAAAAAAAAUCGGCAAAAAGUGAUUAAAUCAACAAAAAUCAUGUAAAAAUAGUAAAGCAAAAUAAUUAUGAUCACAGCAAUAAUACAUGUCGUGAUUAAGCUUAUAGGAAAGUGUGACCAGAGAAAUAGAUAAUCGUACUAUAAAAAUUAAUUUAAUAAUUUUAUAAACAUAAGCAACGACAAAGUAUAAGUAUAAUUUCUGCUUACGUUAUCGCUUAUCAACCGUCUGAAUCAUCAGUCUAAAUUGAAUAGUCAAUCAAUUAUCCAUUAAUAAUAUAAUGUCACUAACAACAUUAACAACUGGAGCGGCUGGCUUCAUCGGAAGUCACACAGUUUUGGAGCUCUUUGAAGCUGGACAUAAUGUGAUUUGUGUUGAUAAUUGCUGUAAUGCCUAUCAUGAUAAAAAUGAAUCCCUUCCUGAAUCACUAAAACGUGUCGAGGAUAUAACUGGAAAGAAAGUCACAUUCUAUAGUGUCGAUAUAAGAGAUAAGAAGGCAUUGGAUUCAGUUUUCAAGAAGCACAAAAUUGAUUGUGUUAUUCAUUUUGCUGCAUUAAAAGCUGUUGGUGAAUCAUGUCGCUUACCUUUGCAAUAUUAUCAGAACAAUAUCACUGGAACUUCGGUUUUAUUGGAAGUUAUGGCUGAUAAUGAAGUCUAUAACUUUGUCUAUAGCAGUUCUGCUACUGUUUAUGGCGACCCUACAUUCUUGCCUUUAACUGAAGAUCAUCCAACUGGAAACUGCACAAACCCUUAUGGCAAAAGUAAAUAUUUCACUGAGGAAAUAUUAAAGGAUCUGUGUGCAUCUGAUAAGAACUGGAAUGUAAUUUCCCUUCGCUACUUCAAUCCCGUGGGAGCGCAUAAAUCAGGUAGAAUUGGAGAAGAUCCAAAUGGUGAACCAAAUAAUUUGAUGCCUUACAUCUCGCAAGUUGCUGUUGGAAAGAGGCAAUUAUUGAAAGUUUUUGGCAAUGACUGGCCUACACAUGAUGGAACUGGAGUUCGUGAUUAUAUUCAUAUUGUAGACUUGGCUCAAGGACAUUUAUCAGCAUUGAGUAAAUUGCUAAAAGGUGGAACUACUGGAUAUGCUGUUUAUAAUUUAGGAACUGGAGUUGGAUAUUCCGUCCUUGAUAUGGUUAAGAAUUUUUCUAUUGCCUGUGGAAAAAAUAUUGCUUACGAAUUUGCUCCUCGUCGUGAAGGCGAUAUUGCAUCAUGUUAUGCAAGCACUGAGAAGGCAGCUGAUGAGCUCGGUUGGAAAUCAAAGCUUGGAUUGAAGGAAAUGUGCGAAGAUACAUGGCGUUGGCAGAAAAAUAAUCCAAAUGGUUUUGCUGGUCUUAAAUCUGAUCUCUAGUCAUUAACGACGAUUUGAAAUGUUACCAAAAAAAGAAAAGAAUAUAUAUAUAUAUUUUAUCCUUUCGUAAAUUUGGCAUAUAUAAUUUUAAGCAUGUAUUGAACGACUUGUAAUUUGAGGCAUUUAUGAUAUUUAAUGUGGAUUUAUUUUGUGUGUGCCAUUUAUGUACGAGGCUAUAUAAUAAUAAUAAUAAUAAUAAAGGAAAUGAUACCAAAACUUUGAUAAUAUCGACAUCGAAGGUAAAAGUACGAAACUGUGCAUUCUAUUCAUAAUAAAGAAAUUGACAUA